ACACACACACAAAAAGAGAAAUUGAUCCUGUUAGAGGUGCUCAUGAACACUCACACACUGUCAACAAACACGGUGGCCGGAUGGCGCUCGCACGGACCAAACUCUUUUCGUUCUACACAGCCUCUCGCCAUGCCUGGGCCCGCGGCACAAGCAGAACACUCUCAGUCAGUCAGCUGCACCACAAGUCCAGCACCAGUGUGGGGGUCAUUGGCCUGGGAAACAUGGGUGGACCAAUGGCAUCCAACCUGCUGAACAAGGGCCACAGCAUAGUUGUGUAUGAUGUGAAUGAGGAGGCCGUAAGGAAGCUGGAGGAUGAGGGGGCCAGUGCAGCCUCCAGCCCCUUUGAGGUGGCCAGCAAGGUGGACCGCAUCAUUACCAUGCUGCCCAACUCACAGCAUGUUCGCUCCUGCUACAUGGGCGACAAAGGCGUCUUUCAGUCAGUGCAGCCAGGGACACUCAUCCUGGACAGCAGUACGAUUGACCCAACGGUGUCAAAGGAGAUGGCAGGUCUGGCCAGCAAAAAGGGGGCCGUGUUCAUGGAUGCGCCUGUGUCUGGGGGUGUGAAUGCAGCCAAGGGGGGGACUCUCACCUUCAUGGUUGGGGGUGAGGAGAAGGAGUUUGAGGCAGCCAAGGUACUGCUGUCGGCCAUGGGGAAGAAUAUUGUGUACUGUGGCCAAGUGGGCAAUGGACAGGCAGUGAAGAUUUGCAAUAACAUGCUCCUUGCUAUCACCAUGAUUGGAACUGCAGAAACCAUGAACUUGGGAAUGAGGUUAGGUUUGGAGCCAAAACUCAUGGCAAGCAUUAUCAACACAGCCACAGGGAGGUGCUGGGCCAGCGAGCUGUACAACCCAGUGCCUGGUGUUCUGGACAACGUGCCUUCCUCAAACAACUACCAGGGAGGCUUUGGAACGGCACUGAUGGCCAAGGACUUGGGUCUGGCACAGGGAGCGGCUACAAGUACUCAGAGCCCAACACCUUUGGGAUCUCUUGCUCAUCAGAUCUACCGGCUGAUGUGCAACAAAGGACUCGCAGAGAAAGAUUUUUCUUCAGUCUUUCUUCUCCUGCAGGAAGAUAAUAAGUGAAUGCAUGGCUGAGUGUAUCAAGCCUGUAGUGAUUAUAGUUUUAGCUCUGUAACUAAUGGGGAAGUCUCAGAUUUUCAGUGUUUAAAGAUACAUACCUUGAUAAGACAAAAUGAGUCAUUUCAGGACUAUGAGGUUGAACAGAUACUGUGAUUGAAAUCCUGAUAUAGGAUGUCACUGAAAGUCAUUAUACCUUUAUUAUAUUAUAUUAUACCUUUUAUAUCUCUUAAGCUUUCAAUGUAAUGGGAAAUAAUUGGUGUAUUUUGUUAAGGCAAUUUUCUAUCUGUCUUCUAUGUGUGCUUCACCCCAUGGUCCAUAGAUACUCCUGGAAAGGAAAAUAUGUAAUGAGUAAUGGCAGAGCUUUGAGAGUAGUGUAGCUUGUGAUACUUUGUUUCAACAUGUGUUUGGUGGAGCAGCUUUCUAGUCUGUUAUAAGUGCCAUGAUACAAGUGUACUUAAGCGUGAAGUAGCGAUGAUCAUUCCAUAUGAAAUGGUGUUCAUGACAGAGGUCUAUGCCCAGGUGCCAGGCAGCUACUUCUCUUAGUGUAUCAGUACCAUUUAAGAACAUUUACUUACUGUUUAUAACCCUGGAGGGAGGUGUAUAUCACUGGAACAAAGAGGUUGCAGACAAACAGUGCAAACAAGACCAGCAGCAGGAAGUGGGAUGCAAACAGCACUAUUCCCAAUGGUGUAACUGCCACCAUCACCACUGUUGAUGCCAUGUGCCACCACUUUCCCAGUUGAUUCUAUAAGCAAACAUUAAUGAAUUUGAUAUUGUUUAACAUUGGUAAGGUACAUGACACUUGCAUUAGAUCUGUGUUGUUAAAUAAAUGGAAGUGCAGGCUCUGCUGAGAAACUGUAGGAUGAACUGAUAUAAUGUGACAGAAGGAUGUUGAGGUGUAUAGCUGGUAUCGUGCUUGGCCAUGGACAACCAGGCAGAACAAAUACCUGAAGAUGUGUUGCAGAGGACCUAGCUUCUCUGGGUGUUAAUUAGGAAGAAACACUUGACAGAGACAGUUGAGGAUGGUUAUCAUAUGUCUAACCUCACCAUAUAAAAAAAUAAAAAAGCUGAUAAAUGGAUGAUGAUGACAUUGUUUCCAUCAUGAACCACCACUAGCUAUAAACAGAUAUGUACCACUGUAAUGAUGAACAGAAAUUGCUAAGUCUUCUUUUCAGCACUUCUAUUCUUUAACUAUAUUUGUAUUAAUGUAUCUGAUGCUCUGCUCCAUUUGGAAAUUCAAUGUAAGAGGGUGGCAUGGGAAGGAGAAGAGUCAACAAAAGCUAGAUUCCAGUAGACUCUGUUCCCUCCUUUGCAAGCCUUGGAUGAGAUUUAAAAAGAAAACUUCAAGCGUCACAGUGAGAGGAACACAAUGACACACUGCAUCCACCUUUUAGCACAUUAUCCACUACCUAGCCUCUCUCCCAGCACUGAGCUAUGUGAACCAGAGUGAUGAUAUCCCCCUCUCCGUCCACUCCUCCCUUGUGUGACCCUUGUUCACUGUCGCGUCAUACACCAUCCACUUGCGUUCAUUGUACCAUCAGUCUGAAUGAGUGCAGUCAAAAUGCUUCUAACUUGAUGCAGCUUAUCAUCAGUUUGUGGUGUUAGUAUUAUUACUUAUUGUACAUAUAUAAAACCAUAUAAUAAACUGGUCAUUAAAAUA